GGGUUUUUCAGAAUUUAAGUAUGGCCCCGCUCAAUUGAUAAUCAAGAUUGCGGAGUCUUCCAAAAUAAUCCUUUACAUUUUCUGUAAUUAGAGACCCAAAGAAACUCUGGAUUUUCCACGGUACAUAAUCUAUAUUUAUUCAUAUUCCCUCUCUUCCUCCCUCCCCUCCCCCUCCCGCUUCCUCGUGCGCGUGUAUGCGCGCGCUUGUGCGUUUCCUUUCAUUUCUAGCAUUAGGAAACUCGUUCAGGGCCACUGAAAAGUCGGGAGAGGCUCAAAUCUGAUCUUCCACGGAUUCUUUCCCCUAAUGUUAGAUAAUGCCCGGAAACGUUGUCACCAAAUAAGUAUGAGAGUAUUAUUUUGGAGAAACAGUUAACCCCUACCAAAAUAUAAAGCGCCAGAGGAAAAGAGGUGAGACUGGAAGACAAGGAAGCCCUUUGCAUUCGCUGGUGGAGCAAAGUGCGAUCUGGGGACGGGCUGGGGUUCCAGUCCUUAUACUUCAGCACCGAAGGGGAUGGACAGCGUCUCUGGACUGGGCUACCGCCACAGGGACAAAACGGCGCUGCCCUUGCUGCCACUGUCGUCGCCACGGGCAUCUGGGCUCCCUGCUCCUCGCAGCUAAAAGGCGGUGCCUCCUGAUACCCCUUGGUUCCCCCUCCCCUUCCUUGAUAGACGGAAAGUAACCCUUCUUAUCCACCUACCAUACAGGGCUCUGAGGAGUCCUAUUGUUCCACAGAUUAAACUCUGAGCAACAACUUCAAGAAUAUUUCUCCGCAGGGGGCUGGGAGGAAAUGCAAGCAGGAGAGUGAAGUUGAAGUUCUUAGAGGCUCUGAAAAACCAUGGGCUCUGCAGAAGGGGUUGAAAUGCUCAAAGGCCCACACUUUAUGAAAUAAACAGAAUGCUCACCGGAGAGUUGCAACUAUUUUGGAAAUAGCUUUGUGAGAAGAGUUCCAGAUCUACACUCAUCUCUACCUUAGAGACAGACUUCUAAUUCCUUUACUCGGCUGACGACAUCUUUUGAGGUGCCGUAGCACAUGGAUUUCAGGACUGCCUGUGAAGAGACAAAGACAGGGAUUUGUUUGCUGCAGGAUGGUAAUCAGGAGCCUUUCAAAGUCCGGCUGCACCUAGCCAAAGAUAUUUUGAUGAUCCAGGAACAGGAUGUGAUAUGUGUGUCUGGUGAGCCUUUCUAUUCUGGUGAAAGAACGGUGACCAUUAGAAGACAAACUGUAGGAGGAUUUGGAUUAAGCAUAAAGGGGGGAGCUGAACACAAUAUUCCAGUUGUCAUUUCAAAAAUCUCCAAGGAGCAAAGAGCGGAACUUUCAGGGCUGCUCUUUAUUGGAGAUGCAAUUCUACAGAUAAAUGGAAUUAAUGUGAGAAAAUGCAGACAUGAAGAAGUGGUGGCCUGUCAACCACACUUUGGGAGAAGCUGGAAGGUUGAAGGGCUUCUGUUGGUGAUGGUUCAGGUGCUUCGGAAUGCUGGAGAAGAAGUGACCCUAACAGUGUCAUUUUUAAAAAGAUCACCUGCUUUCCUCAAACUCCCACUGAAUGAAGAUUGUGCAUGUGCUCCCAGUGACCAGAGCAGUGGCACCUCCUCUCCUCUUUGUGAUAGUGGCUUGCAUCUCAACUAUCAUCCCAACAAUACAGACACAUUAUCAUGUUCUUCAUGGCCAACAUCUCCGGGUUUGAGAUGGGAAAAGCGAUGGUGUGACCUUAGGCUGAUCCCGCUGCUUCAUUCACGUUUUUCUCAGUAUGUGCCUGGGACAGAUUUGAGUCGGCAGAAUGCUUUUCAAGUCAUUGCUGUGGAUGGGGUCUGCAGUGGGAUUAUUCAGUGCCUCUCUGCUGAAGACUGUGUUGACUGGCUACAAGCAAUAGCAACUAAUAUUUCAAACCUCACAAAGCACAAUAUUAAAAAAAUCAACAGAAAUUUUCCUGUAAACCAGCAGAUAGUCUACAUGGGCUGGUGUGAAGCACGGGAGCAAGACCCUUUGCAAGACCGUGUGUACUCACCAACAUUUCUAGCCCUGAGGGGAUCAUGUCUUUACAAGUUUUUGGCACCUCCAGUGACAACAUGGGACUGGACCCGAGCAGAGAAAACAUUUUCAGUUUAUGAGAUUAUGUGCAAGAUUCUCAAGGACAGUGACCUGUUGGACCGGCGGAAACACUGCUUCACAGUGCAAUCUGAGUCUGGGGAGGAUCUCUACUUCUCCGUGGAGUUAGAGUCUGACCUCGCCCAAUGGGAAAGAGCCUUCCAAACAGCAACCUUUCUGGAGGUGGAACGGAUACAGUGCAAGACAUAUGCAUGUGUGCUAGAAAGUCAUCUAAUGGGACUCACAAUUGACUUUAGCACUGGAUUUAUCUGCUUUGAUGCUGCAACAAAGGCUAUACUUUGGAGAUAUAAAUUUUCUCAGCUUAAAGGUUCUUCAGAUGAUGGCAAGAGCAAAAUCAAAUUUUUGUUUCAGAAUCCAGAUACUAAGCAGAUUGAAGCAAAGGAGCUGGAAUUUUCAAAUCUAUUUGCUGUUCUUCACUGCAUUCAUUCAUUUUUUGCUGCCAAAGUAGCUUGUUUGGACCCUCUCUUUUUAGGCAAUCAGGCUACCACUUCUGCUGCUGCCAGCUCUGCUACUACAAGCAAAACAAAGUACACAACUUGACAUACCGAGAUUUGCAUUGUCACUUACUAUGACUAUGUAAAGAAAAUAAAAAUAAUCAUCAUUUUAGACCCUGGAGAAACAAUCAUAUCACCAAGUAAACAGUGAAUUCAAUUUGAAAUUUGAACAGAAAGUAAGGUCAUAAGGGAUCUCAAAAGCACUUCUAUUUUGGAAGACAUUGUGAAUAAUCUUAAAUGAACCAUAACAGCUUGUUCUCAGUUUAUUUGUACCAUCGAAAGUGAAGACGAAAGAAUGAAUGAUUCAAAGUAUGUAAAUAAUAUACAAAUUGUAAGCUACCUAUAAAUAAAAAUACCACUUAAAUGGUUAUUUCUGUAUUUUAGAUUAUUUUGUAUGUUGGGCCAGAUCAUGAACUAAUGCCCUAUCAUUGAAUUUUGAGUGAUAUAAAGGAGGCAAAUAAACCACAUGGCAGCGAAGAAAAUAGCAUGUAAAAAAUUUCGUCAAAGAAGAGAGCACUUUAAUUUGCUAAUGUAGAUUUUCCUUGCAUUCUCAUUCUGCAAUAUGACACUGGCAUUCCAAUUUUAUCUUGUUGUCAACUAUUCCUAAGAUUUUCAAAAGAAUAAAUACAUCGAUUCUAUGAUAGUCACAAUGUAAAA